UUACUGUUCUCCUUUAGUCCUUGUGGGGAUGAAAACUCUAGCUUUUUAUUUCUCAUCAGCCUACUGGAAAUGCGGCAUUUAAUCUCAAAUCUGUUUGGAGAGGGUUGACUGUAAAGAAAACGCAUUUUUUUUCAAGUUGACAUCCCUACUUCAAACAAAUAUGAAUAUUUUAAGGAAUAAGAUGCGGAUAUAUGUCAAAGAGACAGAGAAUAUUCUGAGAAAUCCGAAAAGCACAAACGAGGUGACCAAUGCCGUCGAGGAAUUUUACAAAAUUACUCUUGGGCACGAACAGACCGUUAGCUCCAAAUUCCAAGAUGUUCACUUUAUUCGUGAAGUUUUCCUGACAGAAUUUUACCCAACAGUGCUUAAAUUUUUUAUUGACACAUUACAAGUGGAGUGGUUUACAAGUCCUGAACAUAAACACGUGUCAGAACUGUUUGAUAAGGUGUUUUUGGACGGUUAUGCAGUUGGUGCCUUUACUGUGCUGAUGAGGAGUGUGGAUAAUUUAGAACUGGGUUUCAGACUAAAUAAGUGUGUAUCUCUUAUGGAGAAGUUCCUGGAUAACAGUGGAUUAUUCCAGAUACUGACGACAGCCUGUAAGUCCACUCCAGAUAGGAGUCUGGAUUUUAUGUGGGAGGAUCUCAUAAGUUUGCUGGCCACACUUCCAGACAAAACAGCAAAUAAACUACAGCUCCAGAAUAGUGAGAAGUUUUAUCCUCAGCAAUACAUUCCUCUGCUGUGCGAUGAGGUCAUGCAAGUGUUGAAAAUCAUGCACCAGAAACUGAAAAAUAACAAAGACAUACACUUAGAAUUCAUCAGCAGGGUGAUCGGCAAGGUCUGCAUCUCAGGUCAUGCAGUCAUUCUGUGGAGUUCCCUUGUCUCCCCUCUGGAGCGGGGCGUGAGGGAGGAUUACAUCUUGAGCAGGAUAACAGAAAGGAUCAUCACGGGGGUACCAGACCGGUGUCUAGAGUGUACCCUCACCGCCCUACUGUCACGGCUAGCUUGGUAUGGAUUGGUUGAGAAGUUUAUUGGAGGGAGUGUUACCACAAAACAGAAGAUCAAAUACCUACUGUGUACUAAACUGGUGUUUCACAGGCACUCCCAGGAUGUAGAUACUUUUACUUCAAAAUAUAAUUGGAUAUCUAGGAUCAUCUCACACAAGGAAAUCCCUGCUUAUAAAGAUGUUGAGGGAGAAA